AUGGCGCUCGAUAACUUCUAUCACAACAAGAUCGAAUCCCUCAAGCUUGAGAUCAUCCAAGGCCAGGCAGUCCUACGGCGGUUAGAAGCACAACGAAAUGACUACAACUCAAGAGUGCGACUGUUACGGGAAGAGCUGGGUCUACUACAGCAGCCGGGGUCUUAUGUCGGCGAAGUAGUCAAGGUGAUGAGUACCAAGAAGGUUCUGGUCAAAGUACAUCCCGAAGGCAAAUAUGUUGUCGAUAUUGCAGACAGUGUUGACAUUGCCAAAUUGACCGUCGGCAAGCGAGUGUCCCUUCUCUCCGAUUCCUACAAACUGGAGAAAAUAUUGCCUUCAUCAGUCGAUCCUUUGGUUUCUCUCAUGAUGGUCGAGAAGGUCCCUGACAGCACAUAUGACAUGAUCGGUGGACUAGAUCAACAGAUCAAGGAAAUCAAAGAAGUCAUCGAACUCGGACUGAAUCAUCCCGAACUUUUCGAAUCACUAGGCAUCGCUCAACCCAAAGGAGUUCUUCUCUACGGCCCGCCUGGAACUGGAAAAACACUACUGGCUCGAGCCGUCGCCCAUCAUGCCGACUGCAAAUUUAUCCGAGUUUCAGGGUCAGAGUUGGUCCAGAAAUACAUUGGUGAAGGCAGCAGAAUGGUUCGAGAGCUUUUCGUCAUGGCAAGAGAGCACGCCCCGAGCAUUAUCUUCAUGGACGAGAUCGACAGUAUAGGUUCUAGCCGUGUGGAAGGAAGCAGUGGCGGAGAUUCCGAAGUGCAGCGCACGAUGUUGGAGCUCCUGAAUCAGCUGGAUGGUUUCGAACCCACCAAGAACAUCAAGGUUAUCAUGGCCACGAAUCGUCUCGACAUCUUGGACCCGGCUCUUUUAAGACCGGGCCGCAUCGACCGCAAAAUCGAAUUCCCGCCCCCGACCCUGGAAGCACGAGCUGAUAUUCUGAGAAUUCACUCCCGAAGUAUGAAUCUGACCAGAGGAAUCGACUUGAAGAAGAUCGCCGAGAAGAUGAACGGCUGUUCUGGAGCAGAACUGAAGGGUGUAUGCACGGAAGCUGGUAUGUUUGCACUGCGGGAGAGGAGAGUUCACGUCACCCAAGAAGAUUUUGAUCUGGCCACAGCCAAAGUCCUGAACAAACAUGACGACAAGGAGGUGUCGCUGGGCAAAUUAUGGAAGUAG